AUGACUCUUCGACGGAGUGUUACGGCUAUGACAGUUCAUGCAAAGUAUAAUGAAAAAACAAUAGAAAAUGACAUAGCAAUAUUAUGGCUCGAUCGUAGAUUAUUGUUUGGGGAUAACGUGAAACGCGUCAUAAUUACAAAAACAUUUCCAUUCACAACCGAAGCCUGUAUCGCCGGCUGGGGACUUAUUAACGAAAGAACCAAAGUAUUGGCGGACCAGCUCAAGUGGGGGACACAGAAAUUACUACCUAAAAUCGCGUGUUCAAUGAUUGGAAAAUUAUACGACGGAAUGUUCUGCGCGGGAAGCUUCAACAAAAAAACAUCUCGACCAUCCUAUGGUGAUUCUGGGAGUGCUUUGGUCAAUUGUAAUGGAAAAACUCAUCAAAUAGGGAUAAUAUCAUGAAAUAUCAAUAAAUAUCCAAGCAUUGCAAUAUAUACAAAUGUUAGCUAUUACUAUGAUUGGAUCUUUAGCAAUUUUAAAUUAUUGUACUGCACGUACAGUAAAGACACCAAAAUAUGAAAAUAAAAACAUAAAAACUGAAAGUUACUGUUGAAAAUAAUGCUACUUAAU